AUGGAAAUCGUACUCUCAGGGCCCCUUGGAUCCCCUAUUGAGACACUGCUCCAGAGGCACAUUCGUAUGGAGACCGCCCAUGAUGAUGACUUGGGAGACAUGCCAGUGACGCCCAUAAUAUGUAUGAAAGGACCAGGUCUCUUUGAGGCAGAAAUGUUUACUGUCUGUGUGGAUGGUGUUGUGAUAUUGACUACUCAGCGGGCUGCAGCUUUCAAAGUCAUGUUCCUCUUAUACUUCGUUCUUAACAUAGAGUAUCCACCUGAAGUGGCUUUGACACUGGAGUUUGUGCAGAGGGCAAUCGCGGGCAUCAACCCGGAAAGAAGCACAAAGGCACGACGAACGUCGAAGAAGCAGUAUUGUUUGUCGCCAAAAGUCGCUGCCUUGGCAAAUGCCCUGGAUCAAUACAAGUUCGAAGCUUGAGUUUGACCUUUAAUAAACAGUAAAAUUUGGAAGUUCAAA